GAAGGGUCUAUAACAGAAAACGAAUGGACUUUAACAAAAAACGGAUGUGCUCACAGUAACGAAGUAUUGGUGCUAAAAGUGACAAGUAUAGACUAUGAGGAGUGGGGUUUCUUUAGAAUUAGGCGUCAACAUCCUUUGCAAGUGUCAACAAAUGAAUGGAAGGGAGCAAUUCUGAAAAGAGACGAGAACAUGUGCUUUUUGUUUAAACCUCGUAAUAUAUACAAACCUGAUUUUUCAAUCAUAAGUUCGGAAGGUUGUGUGGGAGCUUUUUGGAUAGUACAAGAUGAUAUAUUUCCUGUGAAUAUUAGUUUCACACUGUCUUAUUAUAUGGACUUUGAGUUUUCCAUCGAUAUGGCAUAUAUCUACCAACAAGAAUUAACAACAACACCAGUUAGAACCACUCGCCAUAUCAGUUACAAAGCUUCCAAGCCAUUCAAUAUAUCACACGAAAAUGAGUCAUUUCAUGCAAAGAACUUACCCGAAAAUGAGUCACUCAAUGAAGCUAACUUUACCUUAAAUGGCGUCAGCAUGGUGAUUGGCUUCAUCAUUCCUACUGUUAUUUUGAUUAUAGCAAUUUGGUUAAUACUAUGGUAUCGAAAACAGCUUAUGAUUGCAAAGCAACAAGGAAAUGUGGGAACAGAAAACAUUCGAAACAACGAAAACAGUCCGAGAGAAGGCAAUUUAGAUUUAGAGACCAGUGGUGAACAUCAAUACGCAGAACCAGCUUAUUCUGAUAUAACUAUUGAACCAACUUACGAACAACCAAUGGAAAGCACUUACCAAAAUUUAUAAUAACUGAUGCGAACUGACUGA